AAACUGAGAUUAAAAUUAUUUCGCAACACGUAAUCUAAAAAAUUAUCCGCACUUUCGCAAUUUUAGCUCGUGCUAUUAUUAUAUAAAUAAAAGCAAAGUAUACUUUUCUGAUCAGCGACGUGUAUUAUACUUGUGAAAUUCCCUCUACAAUGGUGCUGUCUAUGAGUCGUUGGGUUGGUAAGGUGGCCGUAGUCACCGGUGCUGGUUCCGGUAUGGGAGCUGCUAUCACAGAGGCGUUGGUGGAACAGGGGCUUAAGGUUGCAGCACUGGACCGAAGAAAAGACCGCUUGGAGGCUUUGGCCAGUAAGCUCUCUGACAAAAAAGGUAAAAUAUACCCCGUCAAAACGGACGUAACUAAAGAAGAAGACAUUUUGAACGCCUUCAAAUGGAUUAAAGAAAACCUGGGCCCGGUACAUAUUCUAGUCAACGAUGCUGGUAUACUUGGACAUACAAAACUCGCAGAUGGAGACACUGAAAUUUGGAGAAACUCCCUCGACGUCAACGUCCUCGGUUUGUCCAUAGCUACGAGGGAAGCUGUAAGAGAUAUGAGAGCAAACAAAGUAGAUGGUCACAUAAUACACAUCAAUAGUAUCUUGGGGCAUCAAGUUCUCGAUUUCACGGGAAUGAACGUAUAUCCUGCCUGUAAAUUUGCAGUGACAGCCUUGGCAGAGACUUUGAGACUGGAGCUUCUCAAUUCGAAGUCAAAAAUAAAGAUUACGAGCAUCAGUCCUGGACCUGCAAACACGAAUUUGGUACCAGAUUUCAAGAAUACUGAGACAUUUAAAAGGUAUAUUCAUGACAAAAUGGUAAUCGAACCUGAGAAUAUCGCCGAUGCCACUAUUUAUGCCCUAUCGACACCUCCUCACGUACAGAUCCAACAAUUGACAGUGCGAUCCGUUAUUGAAGCUACUUUUUAAAAAAUCUUGAAAAGAAAUACUUGACAGAAAAUUUUUGUCAUUACCAAUUAAAUAUCUGUUUAUAGUGAAUUUUUUGAGGUAUUAAAGUUUCCAAAGAUUGCCUUA